AGCAAUUCUUCCGCGCCUACACUCACUGUUGCGCCGAACUAGGUCCCCAUUCUCCUAUAAAAGACCUUGGACGUCGAACAAGAUUAAUCAGUUACAUUGAGAAGGAAGAGCAAAAUGACCCCAGAGGAGGAAGCUGCUGCUGCUGCGCGCGCCGAAGAACAGAUUCGGCUGCGCAAGGCGCGCCGUGAGGCCAAGAUCAAGGCCGGGGCCGAGUCGAGAUUGAAGACGAUCACCGGUCUGGGAGGCGGUGUUCAGCGGGAUCCGGCGCCGGCAGCUACCCGUGCGCCCGCACCUUCGACGACGGCAUCGAGCGCGCCAGCGAGCGUCACGCCCUUGGCGGCCCAGGUGCCGCAUGCCGACCCGGAGGAGGUCGACAUCUCGCAGCACUUCUACCAGCCGCGAACCACCGCCCGAGUGCCCCCUUCCAACGGCACCACGCCCCCGAGCAUGUCUGAGUCCCAGCUCCGCCAAAUAAUGCUCGGCCUCGACCAGCCCACCCCUCCAGGAACGGGAGCAGGAACACCAGCCAUGCCAAUGCCAGGCAUGGGAGGCAUGGAGGACGACCCCAUGAUGCGGAUGAUGAUGCAGAUGCUAGGCGGCGGUAACAACAGCUCCAACAACCCCUUCGCCGGUUUCCCGCCUUCCCAGCUGGGAAGCCAACCCCAACAAGCCCAACAAGCGAACCCCACACUCCCGUCCCGCUCUGCAUCCCUCUACCGCCUCCUCCACACGCUCAUCGCCCUCGCGCUGGGCCUCUACAUCGCCCUCUACACGCCGUUCACAGGCACCAAGCUGGGCCGCGACCGCGCGGCGGCUGCUGCAGCCGGGUCCGCGGAAGAGCGGGAACACCUACUACACCACCUGCAGUAUGGUCUCGACGGGACCAUGACCAAGAACUUCUUCUGGGCAUUCGCCACCGCCGAGGCGCUGCUGCUCACGAGCCGGUACUUUAUGGAUCGCGGACGGAGCCGGCUCGAGUCCAACAACGGGAUGCUCGGCAUGCUGGCGGGGUUUCUGCCGCGGGGUGUGAGAAGUAAGGUCGAGACGGCGAUGCGAUACGGCGAGGUGCUGGGGACGGUGAGGCGGGAUGUGCUGGUGUGUGUGUUUGUGUUGGGCGUGGCGGCUUGGUGGAGGGCUUAGGUACCAAAUAAGUAUUAGUACAUACGCGAAAGGGCAUGGUAAGGUACACCUUGGUACCUAACGUGGGAAAUGAAAAGGGAGGUGUUGAUGAGGGUAAUGAAUGGUUAG